UUUUGUAUAUUUUUUGGCAGUUGGUCACACGAGCUGGGUAGAUAGAUAUCAAAAAAAUUGAAUAUCGCAUUAUUCAACAAAAUAAAAAAUUGAGAGCGUUACAAGUGACAAUUCACACAUUUUUUUAAUUCUCAGUUUGUGAACUAACGUAAAAUUCACGUCAAGCACUCCAAACGAAAGGGAAUCGAAAAUGACUGACCGUAAAGCAGUGAUUAAAAAUGCCGACAUGAGUGAAGAUAUGCAGCAGGAUGCUGUAGACUGUGCAACUCAGGCGAUCGAGAAAUACAAUAUUGAAAAGGAUAUUGCGGCAUACAUUAAGAAGGAAUUCGACAAAAAGUACAAUCCAACAUGGCAUUGUAUCGUCGGUAGAAAUUUCGGAUCAUACGUGACCCACGAGACCCGCCACUUUAUCUACUUUUAUCUAGGCCAGGUGGCGAUACUGUUGUUUAAGAGUGGUUAAACCCCCUCGACCCUCUUUCUCUCACAUACCAGAUCUUUGCCCCCCUUCUAAUAAAAAAAAAUCACAAAUCCCCCUCCAGUUUCAGUAUUCCAAUUUUAGACUUACUUUUUUUUUGUUCGAAUAUUGAUUAUUUUUGGACAUUUUGGCGCAUAUUUUUCUUCUUAAACGUGGAAAUUUUGCGCACUGAUAAAAAAUUUUCGAGUUUCUAUUAUUUUUUAAUGAUGGUUUUAUAUAUUUCUGGAAUAAAAUUAUUUUGUUGAUAAUGACAUUUUUCAAUUUGGAAUCGAGGGAUAUUUGCUACGCACAAAUUUUCUUUUGGAAAUUUAUAAUUUUGGUGCACGCACGAUCGAAAAUUUGUGUUUGUUUGAGCUCGAAUUAUUUUUGAAUCGAAUUAUAAUCUGGCUGUGACAUUUAGUGUUUGCGAAUCAAUCUCAUAUCUUAAUGUAAACAUUCCUUGUUGGAUUCAACUAUAAAUGAAUAAAAAAGGGGGGAAAUGUGUAUGUAAUUUACUUGAAAAUUUGCACACACUAAAUAUUUUAUCGCAAGUUGAAGAACGCCGGGUAGAUGUACUUAGUUUUUGAAUUUUGCUUAGGAAAAUGUUUUAGAAAUGAAAAAAAAAAUUGGUUCCGAAAUAAUUCGACCUGUACAUAUAUAGUUAGCUAAACUAUGUCUUAAGUUGUUAUUUAAAAGAAAAGUAUAUUUAACAAAAAAAGAUUAACAUCUAAAUGUUGUUAUUCGGUCUUAUUUGUCUUUUGGUAAGUAUACGUUACCGAAAUUAGACCGAGAUUAUGAACGUUGUUUUUUUUUUACUUUAAAACUAUGUUGGCAGUAGCUUCGUUGAAAAUUUUUCAAUUAAAUAUAAUGUUUGAACGUAUGAAACAGUUUUUGAAAAUAUUUAUAACGAAAAAUUUGGUAGAUUUGGUUAAAAUUUUAUUUCUAAAAGUUUGGUACAUUGAAAGGUCAAUUUUUGUGUUUAAAUUUGGCACGUUCUUUAAAUUGACAGGUGACUUGGUCUUUAUAACCUAUCUACCAACUCAAUGAUAUAGAUGUAAGUUAGUAAUAACUUUUAGAUUUUUUAUGUUGUCACGUUUUUUCAAUUGACAAUUGACAUUGACGUUUAUCUAACCUCUAAUUUAAAAAAACGCAAAUUGAUUAUUAAAAACUUUUAAUAUUUUUGUCAAAAAGAUUUUAUUAGAAUUGACUUGAUUUUCAAAUUUUUACCUAUGGUUUGAUCAUAAUUUUGAUUUUUUUGUAUUUGAUACACUUUUUAAGAAAAAACUCUUGUUAAUCCCAAAAUUAUAGAAACAACCUAAUUUAUCAACCAUUACAAUUAACUAAAAUGAUCUAUUCUGAUACUUAUAAAUCAUGAUAAUUUUAGAAGAAUCUGAUUUUUUUGAUAAAUAAAUUACUACCAACUUGAUAAUAUUACAGUUUGUAGAAUGACAAGCAAGUUUUUAUUUUAUUUAACCUCAGUUAUCAAGCCGACAAGCGACCAUUUUUUUUCUAGAUGAAUAUUUUAUUUUAAAGAUAUUCAAUCUGAUCAAAAUUUUUGGCUUAAAUUUCUUUGUUUAAAUUCACCUCUGUGCUUUACAAAAUUUAAAUCCGAACUAUCAACAAAAAUAAAAUUAACUUUGAAUGGAAAAAUAGGCCCGAAAUUUAACUGAGACGCAUAAUUUUUAAUUGAGCUGUACACAAUAGAAUACACUGAGAAAAAUUGUGUACAAAAUUAUAAGACGCUUAUUAAAUAUUUAAUUUUCAUUUUGAAUAUCUACAAAAACCCUUUGAUAGAAUGAAUUUUUUCAUCAAUUUUUUUUUAAGAAACAGGACUUCAAAUUGAAAAAAAUUAGGUUUGUUUUCUCAGUGUGUAUGUGGCGUUUUCCUUUAAUUAGUUGGUAGAGAUACACUGAGAAACGUUUUCCAAUAAUAAAAUAUGAUGCAAUUAUAAGGAGCUAUGAAAUAUUAAAUUUUCAGUUUGAAGUACAAAAUUCACUGAGAAACGCUUUCUAAUGAGAUGUGUAAGAACCUAAGAAAUCUAAUUUUUAUCUUGACAUUUUGAUAAAUUUGAUAAAUACUUUGAUAAAAAACUUUUUUAUAUCAAAUUAUUUUUUUUAGAAAGUAUUUGAAUUUGUAAUUCUUAGAUUUGUUCUCUCAGUAUGUAUGUUAGUUUGGUUUUAAUUAUUAGUACAACAGAAUAUACUGAGAAACGUUUUUCAAUAAACUGUUCAAAAUUAUAAGAAUCUAUGAAAAAUCCAAUGUUAAUUUUGAACUUCAGAUUAUACUGAGAAAAGUUAUCCAAUAAAAUGUACAAAAUUAUAAGGAGCUUAAAAUAUCCAAAUUUUAUUUUGAAAUUUUGAAAAUCAACGAAAACAUUUGGAUCAAAUGAGAUUUUUUCAUCUAUAAUUUUUUUAAAAUCAAAGGACUAAAUUUGAAUAAAUCAAUUCUUAGGUUUGUUUUUUCAGUGUAUACGUUACGUUCAGUUUUAAUUAUUAGUACAAUAGAAUACACUGAGUAACUUUUUCAAUGAAUUGUUCAAAGUUAUAAGGAUUUAUGAAAUAUCCAAUUUUAAAUUUGAAAUACAGAUUACACUGAAAAAAGUUAUCCAAUAAAAUGUACAAAAUUUUAAGGUGGUGUGAAAAGUUUAAUUUUUAUUAUGAAAUUUUGAAAAUGUAAGAAAAAAUUUGAACUAAAUGAGAUUUUUUUAUAAUAAAAGGCUUUGCAAUUGAAAUUAAAACAAAUUAGAUUGUUUUCUCAGUGUGUAUGCUGCAUUUUCCUUUAAUUAGUUGGUACAUAAAGAUACACUUAGAAAAGUUAUCCAAUAAAAUGUGCUAUGAAAAGUCCAAUUUUUAUUUUGAAAUUUUGUAAAUCUACGAAAAACGUAAAACAUUUGGUUCAAAUGGGAUUUUUUCGUCAAAUUAUUAUUUUUUAUUAUAAAAGGGCUUGAAAUUUGAAUUGAGGAUUUAUUCUUAGGUUUGUUUUUUUAGUGUGUAUAUUAUGUUUGGUUUUAAUUAUGGGCACAACAGAAUGUGCAAAACUAUAAGGAGUCGAGAAAAAGCAAAUUUUCAUCAUGAAAUACAGAUUACACUGAGAAAAGUUAUCAAAUAAAAUGUGUAGAUCAUAAAGUGCUAUGAAAAGUCCAAUUUUUAUUUUGAUUUUUUGAUUCGCUACUACUAUGAACUCGAUGGUUUCAACGUUCAAACAUUUUACGCUUAUUAAUAAUUGGGGCAGCUAUUUAUAUAAUUUUCGUUGACAGUAUACAACGUCCAUAAAAAGUAUUUUAAAAAAAUUAUAUAUCCCAAUGAGUAUCGAACUAUACUUAUUAUUUUUUAUUCUUAACUACUCGGAUUCUUACAAAUAAUGGCCUGUAUGUAGAUUUUAUUUAAUUUGGAAUUUUUUUUAUUUUUAUUUUUUUUUUCUAAAUCUUAGAAAUAAUUUUUUUUACUUUUUACUUCGAACGAAAUCUAUCUUCCUAAAAAAUUUUGUGAAUGUAACAAAUCCACGAAAAUUUCACUUCGAACAGUUGUUGUUUAAAAAAAAAUGUAUUUCUCAAUGUAAUAAUAAUAUAUGGUUAAAGACUA